AUGGCAGGACCAGCCUUUAGAAAGUUCCUUCCACUUGUAUUGAUCAAAAGGAGUCCCACCAAAACCGUAACCGAAGGAGGCGUUAUGCCUCCAGAAAAAUCUCGAGGAAAAGUCGUGCGAGCAAUAGUCAUAGCUAUUGGAUUGGGCUCUCAAGGAAAGGGUGGAGAGAUUCAACCAGUUAGUAUAAAAGUUGAAGAUAAAGUUCUUCUCCCAGAAUACAGAGGCAUCAAAGUCGUUCUAGAUGGCAAGGAUUCUUUCUUCUUUAGAGAUAAUUACAUUCUUGGAAAGUAUUUAGACUGA